UAUCCACGAAUAUCGAAGCGUUGGAGUGAUCUGGAAAAGUAGGCGUGUCCAUGGGUCGUCAUCUGUCCGUGAUCAGUGAUCGGAUGAUUCGUUGUGGGCGGGGCCUAUUGAGGAAGCCAUAGUGCGCGGUGCCUGAAUCUAGUCGUACCGGCUUCUUAAUCCGUGUCUUAUUGCUCAUAUCAAACGCGUGUGCGGAGUCCAACAGUCCUUUCAUUUCAUUAAUAAGUUCAGCUACAGUGUGAAACUUUAUUAUUUAUUGGUUUAUUUUUUCUUGUCGCAAGAGCGAAUAAUAUCAGGCAUUUCUAACUCAAAACGGAUAAAAAAACAUAUUAUGGAGACAGAAAUACACGUGCCUGUGGGCUCGCCGACAAUCAGAAAAUUCCCAAUACACGUCGAUGAGCAUAACGUUAAAGAUGGGGCGAUAAAAUUAAUUAAAGAGCUGCGGCCAACAUGGGACAUUAACCUGGUCAAGACCAAGCUUUUCACAGAAGGAACGACCAACAAGCUGGUGGGCUGCUACGUGGACGAGAGCCCGGAGGACGUGGUACUGGUGAGGGUGUACGGCAACAAGACCGAGCUGAUUGUGGACCGCGACAAUGAGCUGAAGAGCUUCCAGGUUCUCCAUGCCAACGGCUGUGCUCCUCGACUCUACUGUACCUUCAACAACGGCAUCUGCUACGAGUUCAUGCAAGGAGACGCUCUCGGCACGCAGGACGUCAGGGACCCCGUGCUGCUCAGACUCAUUGCUACAGAAAUGGCCCGCAUCCACGCCAUCCACGCACACAAUGGCUGCAUCCCCAAACCCAACCUGUGGAUCAAGAUGCGCAAGUACUUCUCCCUAGUGGCCACCGAGUUCACCGACCAAGCCUCCAAUGCCAGAAUCCAAGAGGAAGUUCCCAGUAAGGAAGUUCUGGAAGAGGAAAUGUCGUGGAUGAAGGAACACCUGUCUCAGCUUGGCUCGCCCGUGGUGCUCUGCCACAACGACCUGCUCUGCAAAAACAUCGUACACAACGUGAAGGAAGGUUACGUUCGCUUCAUAGACUACGAGUACUCAAGUUACAACUACCAGGCGUUUGACAUUGGGAACCAUUUCAACGAGUUUGCAGGCAUGAGUGAACUGGACUACGGUCUGUACCCGAGUCGGGAGCUGCAGCUGGAUUGGCUACACACCUACCUGAAGGCCUACAAACUCUUCACCAAGAAGGGAGAGGAAGUGAGCCAGCUUGAGCUUGAGACACUCUACGUUCAGGUCAACAAGUUUUCACUGGCAUCACAUUUCUUCUGGGGCUUCUGGGCCCUCAUCCAGGCCAAGUACUCCACCAUUGACUUCGACUUCCUUGGAUACGCCGUCCUGCGCUUCAACCAGUACUUCAAGACCAAGCCGGAUGUCAUGGCCCUGAAGAUCCCGAAGUGAGAGGAGACAACAAGCUGAGCUGCUGCUUUGCCCUUGGGAAUGGAGAAGCCUUUUUGGAAAGGGGAGGGUUCUGGGGUACAGCACGGGUGGGUAUGAGGGCAGGUCGAGUUCCUGGUUCCCUCCACUCAAACACAACUCGGUCCACAUGUGUGUAUUUACUUCCACAUUUCAUCACAUCAUAAAGCGUUUUUUUUUUUGUUUUGUUUUGUUCUUUUUGGCGCACUUUAUUUAUUUCUGGCUCACUUUUAUAUAAAUAUUAUUGCAUGCAUUCACCCAAACUUCUUUUGCAGUGGGGUUUUACAGUGUGUAUCUGCAAUUAUAUAACUAAUGCCUUUGCUUUCUUUCUUUCUUUUUUAUU